CACAAAGAAUGUUUGUCAUUUGACAACGCUGAACGCUGUUACAUAUGUGUGACGUCAAUUUUCAAUUCCAUACAGUUUUCCUUACGAAAGAACGUCGCGCAUCAGUUGCGUGAGGUGAAACACGGUUCCGUGAAAUUUCUCUUGAAUAUGUAACGAUAAAGAAAUAAUUUAGUGUACAUUACAAAAAGAAAAAAAAUUUAAUUCUAAAUCCGUAACGUUUUGUUGCAAGUCGGACAUCACAAAGUUUCGAUUUACUUAAAAAUGUCUUAUCGUUAAGCAAUGCAUGCGUAUUGCUCACUUCGUGCAUGUGCGGAUAUUUGUGUAUAGACCCAAGUAUGCAUAUAUUUAUACAUAACAAAAUCGUAAAGUGAAUAUAAAUAAUUUUCUAAUACUGGCAAUACAACUUAUUUUUAAGAUCUCACCACAAUGGCAUUCCUUCAGGCAACAUGCUCCAUAUCAAUACUGUUCUUAUUAACUAUUUUCAUACACGAUUGUCGAUCGUCAUCGACACCUUUCGAAUGCGUUCGAACUGCUAAUUGUUCCUGUUACAUCCAUCAAGCAAAGUACGAUUUUUACUGCCCUUCGGACGAGGAGGGGUUUAAUUUCUUCGUAGAACCCAAGAAGCAAUUGAACUUCCCUAUUUGUAAUAGUGACAAAUGGAAUCUUGAUAUAUUUCCUAACUUAAAUGUCGGAGAAAUUGAAUAUCUCCAAUUUAGAAUGUGUCCCUUUCCCGACACUUUCAAAAUGAUUAUGGACAGGUUCGGGGCAAAAAACCCGAAAACUUUAAAAUUCGAUAACAACAGCGAUAAUAAAGACAAAACGAUAUCAAGGCAUUUAUUUGAUGGCCUGUCCGGACUCGAAUCUUUGAUAUUGAGCGAAAACAGAAUCCGAUCAAUUACUGAUGACGCGUUUGAUGAUCUUGGCAGUUUGACGAUGUUGGAUUUAAGAGCAAAUAAUUUAGAAUUAAAACCUACGAUACUCAAAAACCUAAGAAAUUUAACGUUACUGGACUUAUCAGAAAAUCACUUAACACAUAUUCCCGAUGGAUUGUUUGAUAAUCUUUUAAACCUUAAAUUCAUAUAUCUGAGGAAAAACGAUUUAACUGAUUUACAAGAUAAUCUCUUCCAACCCUUGAACGAUUUAAGACUUUUAGUGCUUUCCUUCAAUAAAAUUCAAAAGUUAAACAGCACCACAUUUGUACAUUUGAAGAAUAUAGUGGAAAUUGAUCUUACAGCUAAUAAUAUUUCGGAAAUUUCAGAAAAUACAUUUUCCGAAAACAGGAAACUCACAAAACUUUUAAUCAAAAGAAAUCCGCAUCUAGCAUCGCUGCCCGUUGGACUGUUUUCUAAUUUGAAAGAGCUUGAAACCGUCGACUUGAGUGAAAAUAAUUUAGAAUUUUUACCGAGCAAAUUGUUUGAAAAUGACUCCAGCAUACAAAACAUAAUAUUAAGAAGAAACAUGCUAACGGAUAUUCCAGAAAAUAUAUUUGAUGGCCUAAAAAGUUUAAACAAAUUGGACUUGAGUUACAACAAAAUCGCAUCUAUAUCUGCUCAAACAUUUUAUCCGCUGACUAAUUUAAAAAAUCUCAUGCUGCAAUAUAAUUCGUUAACGAACAUAACUAACGAUAUAUUUUCCGAAUUGACAAUGCUCGAGGAAAUCAAUCUCGAGAUGAACGCCAUACAUACAGUUGAUGAAGGGGCGUUUCAAAGAAAUGAAUAUUUGAAGAUUGUUCGAAUGGGACAUAACGAAAUUAAGUAUAGUAUGUCAAAUUCGCCUUUUCGGAAUUGUAUAUACCUGGAAGAACUGUUUUUAAACAACAACUUGAUGGAAGAAUUUGCUGAGAAUAUCAUCACUAAAAAUACUCUCAGGCUAAUCGACAUGAAGUACAACCGCAUUAAAAAUAUUUCGAGUGUACAACUUCAAAAACUGACACCGUUUAAACUGAUCCUAGAUUUUCGUUACAACAACAUAACCGUAGUGGAACUUGACUUGCUAGAAGUGCUUGCAACAAGUCAAGACAAACUGUUAGAUGCAGCUUCCAAAACUCCAGACGACGAUUUUGUUAUUUAUAUUGCCGGGAAUCCAAUCGAAUGCGAUUGCAAAGCUUUUCAUUUAUCAAGAUACGUGGAAGGUUCGAUGUAUCCAGAGGCCUUAGCAUACAUGCAGAUUGAAGUCGGUGAUGCAACAUGUAAAUCGCCCAACUCUCUUGCUGGUUUCCCAAUUUCAAAAUUAAAAUCUAAAAUGAUCACCUGCUCUUUAACACAAUUUUAUGGCAAUUCCAGUUUAUGUCCCGAAAGUUGCAUUUGCGAAACUCGCCCUUGGGACAAAUCUUUGAUCUAUGAUUGUUCGAAUGGAAACAUCUCCAAUGUACCUAACAUUAUUUUGCCUGGCGGAAAUUUGUACAAUCAAACAGAAGUGCAUUUAGAAGGGAAUCACCUGACUCAAGGACCCGUGGAAGGAAUGGGCUAUGAGAAAACCACCAGAUUGGUAUUAUCCAAUAAUAAAAUUCAAGAAAUUAAGUGGUUACCACCAAAUAUUCAGGUAUUACACUUUGAUCACAACAACAUUAGCUUCUUGAGUUACGACAUUUUAAAGCAAUUGAACGAAUCAACUGUCAAAAAUAUUUCUUUGGAUCAUAAUCCUUGGAGGUGCGACUGUGAUGCUGUUAACCUAACGAAUUUUCUCAAGGAAAAUUUGCUCCGCAAGCAGUACAAUCCCAAAAGUAUCACGUGUGCUCAGUCAGGAAAAUCAUUAAUAAAUCUGAACAUCAACAACUUGUGUCCAACGUAUCUUUCAUUCGUCCUGGGCAUAAGCAUGUCGCUUCUUAUCAUCAUGUUCCUGGCAGCAUUGUCAAUAGCAUUGUACUACCGGUACCAACAAGAGAUCAAAGUGUGGUUGUUUGCCCACGACAUGUUUCUGUGGUUCAUUACAGAAGAAGAGGUGGAUAAAGACAAAUUGUACGAUGCUUUCAUCAGUUAUUCUCACAAAGACGAAGAUUUUGUUACCGAAAAACUUCUCCCGAUACUCGAAGAUGGCCCUCAUCCGUACAAGCUCUGCCUCCAUUUUCGAGAUUGGAUUCCCGGAGAGUUUAUAUCGAAACAAAUUGCCCAGUCGGUGGAAAAUUCACGAAGGACGGUUGUUAUAUUGUCGGAAAGCUUUUUGGAAAGUGUUUGGGGUAAAAUGGAGUUUCGAACCGCUCACACUCAAGCCAUGAGUGAGGGUAGGGCUCGAGUGAUAAUAAUAUUGUACGGGAACGUUAAUUUGGAUAACUUAGACGACGAGUUGAAGUCGUACUUAAGAACGAAUACAUAUUUAAAAUGGGACGAUCCAUGGUUCUGGAAUAAACUUCGAUACGCAUUGCCUCACCCUCAAAGGGCUUUCGACAAGAAGGUGCAACGUAAUAACAACAUUAUGUUAACAUUACACGACAAGUUAGACUUGAUAACAACCCCCACCACACCCAACGCAGGAAGCACCCCACCUGCAGUAUCACUAGAUCCCCUACUUAUUAAGGAUAAUCCUCUGGACUUUAGCAAGACUGAACUUCGAAGCACUGCACCCGCUGCAGAGGCCUAAACUAAACAUUUAUGACAUUAGUUUGAGAUUUUAAAAUGCAAUGAGGUGUGACCCGAAAAUUAUUAUAUAAUAACGAAUUUUUUUUUAUAUACGUCGCAUUAUAUUGUGGUUUUUAAAUGUGAGCUACGUAUAUGACCGACGCUAGUCUGUGAUGCAAUAUGUAAAAAUAUUUUCAGUCAUAAU